AUGCUAGUACCGGCGGACAUGCAGGGUGCCCAGUCACGCAUGCUGUACCAAGUAAACAAAUACUCGACUGAGAGAGUGGCUGCCCGCAGAGCAGCAGUAGCUAAGACACUGCGGGAAGUCGUGAAGGUCGUGCAAGAUGUUUUGAAGGAAGUAGAGGUCCAGGAGCCGCGGGUCAUCUCCUCACUGGCAGAGGUCAACGGCCGCUUCGAGGGACUUAAUGUUGUCUCGCCCACCGAGUUUGAGGCAAUACUGUACCUCAAUCAGAUGGGCGAGUUUAACUUUGUCGACGACGGCAGUAUCCCUGGCAGCGCUGUACUUAAGCUCAGUGACGGCCGCAAACGUUCCAUGUCCCUGUGGGUGGAAUUCAUCACGGCCUCCGGUUACCUUUCUGCAAGAAAGAUGAGGUCCAGACUUCACACACUAGUGGCCCAGUCCAUAGAUAAGUGCACAUACCGUGACUCCGUCAGGAUGGUGGGGGAUACGAGCGAGGUGCGGCUGCGGGUGCGGGACCGCUACGUGGUACAGAUAACGCCCGCAUUUAAGUGUUCGGGUGUGUGGCCUCGCUCGGCCGCCCACUGGCCUUCCCCACACGUCCCAUGGCCGCCACCCAGCCUCGUGGCAGAGGUCAAGACCGAGGGCUUUGACCUCUUGAGCAAGGAGAGCAGCAGCGUCGCUGGCAAGAACGGCGGCGGUCUGGAGGGUGACGCCUGGGUGUUAUCCUUCAACGACGCAGAGAACAGAUUACUGUAUGGAGCCUCCCGCAAGCGGUGCCUGGCCAUCCUCAAGACGCUGCGGGACCGCCACCUGGACCUGCCUGGGGACCCGGUGCCAGCUUAUGCUGUCAAGACGCUCAUGCUGUACGAGUGUGAGAAACACCCUCGGGAGGCUGAGUGGGAUGAAGGGGCGCUGGGGGACCGUCUUGUAGGUAUUCUGCUGCAGCUCAUCACCUGCCUUCAGUGUCGCCGAUGCCCACACUACUUCCUACCUAAUAUCAACCUUCUGCGGGGGGCCUCGCCCCCCGCGUUAGAAUCCGCCGCCAAGCAGGCCUGGAGACUCACCAGGGAGCUCCUCACCAACUCCAAAAGCUUGGAGAAACUGUGAGGCCGCUAGCUAAUCUGUGGUUCACUCACACAGUGACUAACCACCCCCAGGCGUACGUGCUCCAGUGUAAAUAUUGUAUAUAUAGCGUGUGCCAAACCGUAGCGCUCGUUGUGCACCCCGUGUGACGAUACCUCUGUACCAGUGGCUUCUAGUUCGCCAAAAUAACUUCUGAUUAUACAUAUAUAUUAUUUAUAUGCGCUGUGCUCCACCGCGGUGCUCGGUUUAUUACAGCUGUGAUAAGUUUGUGUAGUAAUAUGUAAAUAGUUUUCUGGUCAUCGUGAGACUUUCUCCUGCUAGACAUGACACCUCAUAAGUGUGAUUUUGUGUUGGCGCGAGCGCAGUAGUGAUAACCCAAGUGCAGUAGAUAACAAGAGGCUCAAUAGUUAACUGAUGCUAGGGAGAGUGGGGAAGACAUGAGCAUUUAAAGGGGUCUGGGACCCCCAAGAACCACCCUACCGGCGUACAAGAAUGGACACGUCUCUACAAACAGUCAUUAAAGUGCCGCUACACCAAGUGUAAGUAGGGCUUCACUAGACUGGCUCUUCUUAGGAGCCUCCCUUCCCCCAAACACAUACUCCGAGGAUUUCCUCUCCCAGAGAGAUUUUUCCAUAGGCCUGGCUCUCCUAGAGACAUUCCCCCGGAGGCCUAGAACUCCCUCAUGCCUACCCUCUUAUCCCAUCUUCAUAAUCUGAGUGUGUAGCUAUACAUGUGUUUAGUCAAUCAUUGAGGUGUUUUAUAUAGUGACGCAUAUAAGAAAAAUAUCUAAAAAAUGUUUUGUUACAAUAUAAUCCUAGUAGUAAUUGACGGCUUUGGCAUCACUGAACAACAACUAAAAAAAAGUCUUAGUGUUUGCCCGGCCGAGGACCUCCGAGUGGUGUACCUAACAAUCAAUCGCCUCUCACUCGCCUCCACAAAAGUCACUCAUUCCCUUAUUUAUUGACUUGUAUAAUAUUGUAACACUUUUUGUCAAAUACAAGCUAAGAGAGAA